AUGCGUCCUUCAAUAUUCCAAAUCUCAAGUCUUCUCUUACCUAUGAUUUCAGCUCGACCGUCCACUCGGCCAAUGUCAAUUCUCACCGACCAAUACAAGGUAUUCGAUGACAUACCAACCGAGAAAACUGCACUGGCUCAUGAUGAUUUGUUGGAGAUUGGUAGAAUGGCUAUAGCGAUCAAUUCUGCUUAUUACCCCAAAGAGAACAAGCUGCAGCCCCACCCGCCUAACUUAUUCAUCAACCAGAUACGUCAUUCCAAACGACAUCAAGAUCCGUCCCAACGUCCACACAUGGAAGAAAGUAGUAUUAUAGUGUCGAGUGAGGACCCGGAAUUUACCGAUGACCAAAUCAUCGGGGGAGAUAUAAAGUGGUAUAUAUCACAUACCCCUUCGACCCAGACCCUGACCCUAGCUCUAUCAUCCUUAUCAUCCACCGACGAGCUUCUCGAACUCUUAGCCUCAUCACCUAAGCACAACCAAUCGCUUGUACCCCUACGUAACCUCCUUUUUCCCUUUGAACUUCUUCCCACCUUCCCCACGGAUGAACAGCCCCUGAUCUAUCAUUCAUACGUCGAUUCAAUCGUUUCACACGGUGAUUCAGCAUUGUCAUCUCUCUUGAACCUGAUCGAAACUCCACCUUUAACCGUUUCGUCCUCUCACAGAGAUGUGAUUAAAGAGUAUGUCACCUCCCUUGCAAAUCCAGUACCGGCAGCCAAACACGCUCCAAUCAAGAAAGUGGAAAUUAUAGGUCAUGGAUUAGGAAGCAUAGUGGGCCUAAUGGUAUCAUUCGCUCUGAAGUUAGAACUGGAAUCAUCAAUGGGACAAUUGUCCAAUGAGAUCGAUAUCAAAGCGAAUUUACUAGGAUUACCAAGGAUAGGUAAUUCUCACUUCGCCAAGUUAAUCGAUAAUCACAUCACUCGAAAUCAACCUUCCUUGCAAGUGAAUAGGAUCAUAUCAUACUAUGACACCAUCACGCACCUUCCGGGACGUCAUCUCGGCUUGAAGCACCAUGCCAAGAACGAAUUAUGGAUAGGACCCGAUUCACGUACAGUGUAUCUAUGUACAGUGGAGAGCAAAGAUUGUUCAGAUGGAGUAAAAUUGAGUAAAACUUCUUUGUUGGAUCAUUUGGGUCCGUAUGGCGGUGUAUGGAUCGAUACUCAUUGUAAGAUGGAAUAG